GUCGAUCUUUGCUUCGAAAAAAAAUACGAUCAUUGUUGGCACGACGCGCAUGCUCCGCGCGCGUCUUCCCGCGCUUUUUGGCGCCAUUAAAUUAAAAAAGUUUGCGUAACUUUUUAACGAUAAAAAGUAUCACCAAAAAGUUUCGUAGCUGAAUUUUAAUUAUGACAAAAUAAAGUGACGGUUGAGUACUUGGUGGAUAAAUGGUUUUGCCUAAUGAUGGGUGACAGUGAUAGUGUAAGUGCAGUCAGGAGUCGCAGGACAUUGAGCCUGGUUUACGGCGUGUAUGCGGGCCUGAUUGCGUGUUUUGUGCCAUUAGUUAUAUGUAAUCCAGAUGGAUUCAGACCCUUAUCUUACGAUACUAUAUUCAACAAUACAAACUAUGCUCAACUACAGCAUAAUUCAAGGCCAUAUAGCUUACCAGUACCACCAGUUUCCAAAGUAGACCGUAAGAACCACACCUAUAGCUUAGAAGAAGACUCUAGAGGGAACGAAUUAGAGAUCGACUAUGAUUUUAGCGAAAAAGAUGAGGGAGGACCUCUCCUGGUGGGAUAUGCAAGAGAUCCUUUCAGAUAUUCGAUACCGGAGAAGGACUUUUUGAGAGGUGUUAGAUACAUGAGUCCCCAAACCAUAUCCUCGUCCUCUGGCUCCGAGAACAGAGGCAAGCGAGGGGUGCUGGAGCUGUACAACAUGAUCUACUGCGCCACCGGCUGCGAGCCCCUGGCCUACAAGGGCUACGGCUGCUACUGCGGCUUCCUGGGCUCGGGCCGGCCCACUGAUGGGAUCGACAGAUGCUGCAAGCAGCACGACCGCUGCUACGAGAACAUGUUCUGCCCAGUCUUCUCGGUCUACUUCCAGCCUUACUACUGGAAGUGCUACCACGGGGAACCUCUCUGCGCCUUAGAGAACUAUGAGAGCCAGCACGGCUUCAUAAACGCGUGCGCAGCGCGACUGUGCGAGUGCGACAGAGAAUUUGCUAUGUGCGUGCGCCGAUACGCUUGUCCAAGGAAGCGGGCGUUGUGUAGAUCCUCACCUUUGAGGCUGCUACAGAACCUGCUUAUGUUUAGGUGACAGUGUUUAAAGUAGGUAGCAGUUUUUCAAAAUCGAAAAAGGAACAUGAGGAUGCUUGCUAUCGAUUUGUCGUGUGGCAAAAGUAAUAAGAGUCAAAUCAAAUCCUACUGGUAAAUAUGCCAAUAUCAUUAGCAUAUUAUUAUCUACUAGGACUUUAGCUCUCCACCUUAGUACUUAAGUACUUAAUGUGUAAGUAUUUGUAAAGUAAAGCAAUUCGUUCAAAUAGAGUGGAAGUGGUAGGUAACUGCCACUAUUUUUAACCAACGUGACGUUACACUGAUAAGGUAAGGACACUACUACGGC